AUGAGUUACGAGAUACAACCCAUAUUGAAGGGGACGAAACGCGACCCAGCAACGCGGAAGUACAACAGGGCAGCGGGAAAGGGUCCUUUUGGUGCCUUCCCCCCAGGCUACGCUCCCAAGCAGGAGAAGCCCAGCAUCCCUAUCGAGGGACCGGUAGCGGUGCAAGGUGUGCGCUUCGCGUAUAAGGGAACCGUUCAGCGCACAGGUGGCACCACGACAUCCUUGUAUAAGGGUCGCCAACAACAUGAGAGUGCAGUCGCCUUUACUACCAACGGUGCCGGUGACAGCAAGCCACCCAAAGCGGGUGCAUUCAAGCGUCGAUUGAUACCACCCACUGAGUUCCGUCGGUACUAUGAUCGUGGAGACUUGCCGUUGUCUGUUGCUCAUGGAAACCGCCCCACUAUUGACUGGAAGGUAGAUGUGGAAAGGCUUGAUUAUCACCAUUAUCUUCCUAUAUUCUUUGAUGGGAUUCGUGAGACGGAGGAGCCGUAUAUGUUUCUUGCGAGACAAGGGUGUUUGGAUCUGCUAAAGCGUGGUGGUCCCAAGAUACUCCCAACAAUCCCUCAGCUGAUUAUUCCCAUAAAAACUGCUUUAAACACGCGGCACCCGGAGAUCAUUUGCGCAACGCUUCGGAUUCUUCAACAACUGAUUGUCAGUGGUGAUCUGAUUGGUGAGGCCUUGGUUCCUUACUACCGUCAGAUACUUCCUAUGUUUAACCUCUUUAAGAGCCGCCACAAGAAUCGAGCCCGUGGAGAUGCCAUUGAUUUUGGACAAAGGAAGCGCGACGAUGUCGGCGAUUUGGUUAUUGAGACACUUCAGCUGUUGGAGGUUCAUGGUGGCGACGAUGCGUAUAUCAACAUCAAAUAUAUGGUGCCGACGUAUGAGAGCUGUAUUUUCAGUUGA